AUGGCUGUAUUACAGCGUCAAUUCAACUGGCAUAAUUUUUGGAUAUGUUUUUUCAUUUCGAUGGGCAACGUAGCCUUUGGCUAUCCUGCCGCGAUCAUCGGCACAACAUUAUCUCAGCCAGACUUUCUCGUGUACAUGGGCCUUGUUUCUCAAGACGGGUUGAGUGCAAACGCACAUGCCCUAAUUGGAGCAAUGAAUGGAGUGUUCCAGUCUGGGGCCCUUUUUGGUAUUUUCACCGCUGAAAUGGUUAUGGAAAAGUGGGGCCGUAAAAUGGGUGUCUUUUACACUGCCGCUUUAUCCAUCAUUGGGGGAAUAUUUGUCACUGCCAGCCAAAAUGUCGCGAUGUUCAUCGCAUUCCGGUUCGUCGCAGGUGCUGGCUCUGGGUUGAUACAAGUUUGUCCGGUGUACAGCUCUGAAUUAGCACCACCGAGUUUACGUGGAUUCUUUGUUGGGAUGAACGGUAUGCUCAUUGCCGCUGGCUAUGCAUUUGCUGCAUACAUGGGUCUGGCCUUCAAUUCCAUUCACGACAGCCCACAAGCACAAUGGCGCGGGCCGCUGGGAAUGUCACUUGUGUUCUCGUCCUUUAUGAUUGUGAUACUCCCCUUUAUCCCGGAAUCUCCCAGAUGGCUUCUAAUGAAAGACCAUGCCGACAAAGCUUGGGACAUUGUGAGAGACCUCCAUCAUUCCCGCGAUGACAAAGACCACGAUUUUGCCCGACGGGAAUUUUAUCAGAUCAGAAAGCAGAUUGAGCUUGACCGGACAUUGGAAAACUCUUGGUACCACAUGCUUCUGAAGCCCUCGUAUCGCAAGCGAAGUCUCUUGGCCAUUGGUUACGCGUUUCUCGGAGAGAGCACUGCCGUCCUGGUUAUAACGAAUUAUGCCUCUGUCCUAUACGGACAACUGGGAUACAAUAGUCACCAACAGAUUUGCCUGCAAGCUGGAUACCACACCGUUCCAAUCAUCGGUAAUUUGAUUGGAGCACUGAUCAUGGACAAAGUCGGACGUCGUCCACUCAUGCUUCUUGGCUUAGGUGGCUGCGCUAUAUUCCUCUCCAUCGAGGCCGCAAUGGUUGCUUCAUUCGUGGGCCCAGGAAAGGCGCACAAUGAUGCCGGACUCAAUAUGGGAGUUGCCGCGCUGUAUUGUUUCAUCUUCUGCUAUGCCAUUGGUAUCGACGUGGCGGGUAUUGUCUUCUUCGGCGAGAUGUUCCCAAAUCAUAUUCGGAGCAAAGGAUUUUCGCUCUCGGUGGGGACAAAAGCCAUCACUGACCUGGUCUACCUCGAGGCUGCAAGCACCGCGUUUGCCAAUAUUGGCUGGAAAUUCUUCUUGCUCUUUAUCUCGAUUGUGAGUGUUGGAUUCGUGGUUAUGUGGAUCUAUAUUCCCGAAACAAAAGGUCUCCCACUUGAGGAGGUCGCAGCCGUCUUCGGAGACAAGGAUGAGGUGAUGUUGUAUCUGAGAGAUAUCCAGGUGGACCAAGAUUCUGAUAAACUUCAAGUCCACCGUUUUGAGAACGACAAGGAACUAACCAGGAUUGUGACCGAAGCAACCGAGAAUCAGAGCAUGCGGGCCAGGGAGGCUUGA